GUCAUCUCUAGGUCAGUUCAUGUUCGGGUCUCACAUACUCGGGUCAACUCGGGUCUAGGGUUGGUUUCAAGUCGGCCACGUCAGAUUUGGAUCACUUUUUUUUUCGGAUUCAGAUGGGUCGGUUAAUAAUCGGGUUUGAGUCGGUAUUUCGUUUCGUGUCAUGAUAGUUUCUCUACUACGGUUUCACCUUAGUUCCCAAUUCAAAUCAAACCAAUUCAAAAAUUGUGUUCCACCCAAAAACUUGCAACGGUCGUCCCAUUCCUAACAUUGUAAACCCUAAAAAACCCUGAAAAUCUUCUCCCAAACAAUCUGUUGAUUUGAUUGAACUACAAAUGGCGAAAUCUCACUGCAAUGCUCAAAAUGCCAUUGAAGAAGAAGACUAUAUUGAAUUGGAAGAUUCCGAUUACAAUGAAUUUGAUUCAGAUGAUUCUGAAGAAGACCCAACCUUCAUUGAUGAUAUUGACAAGUUUCAAUCCAAUUUCUCCAAGUUAUCAAUCAAUUCACGAUCAAAUUUGAAUGUCAGACAUUAUGCACCAGAAACUGAGGAAAUGAUUGCACCAAAGCUUGGAAUUAAAGAUAUGAAAGAUUUUGAGGAAAUUCAGAGAGUUAUAGACAGUGGGUUGGUAGAGAAAUUGAAGGUGGAGCAAUGUAAGGUGUAUUUGAGGAACCAUGGGUUGAGAUUGUCUGGGAAGAAAGAUACCCUUGUUCAAAGAAUCAAGGAGCACUCAGAGAUUCUGAACGGGGGAGGAGAAAAGAAGUUUCCACAAUCAAGCUUUGUGUUAAAUUGCAAGGGUGAUGCCUGUAUGGGGGACAUUGUGAUGUUUGAACAAACUGUUUAUGAAGGGUACAAUAUCGCCUCAAGGAGUGCUACUGGUCCUCCAUGCGGUAAAAGAAUUGUUGCUGGCCGUAUAGUGAAAGAAAGUUAUGGUGCUGCCAAGCAGCAGCAUACAUUUACGGUUGAGGUUCUCUGGAGCAAAGGCCACAAACCACUACCUCCACUUCAUCCCCUCUUAAUUAAGGGCAGAAACCUCUACAAAUUGAACACAUUGAGGCGGAGAUGGGAAGAUGAAUCAGAAAGACAGCGGGUUUUGAGCGAAAAGCAUUGCAGGGGCUCCCUCGCCCGAUCAAGUAGAGAAGCCCGAAUUCAGGGAAAGAUAUCAAAGAAGAUGCUCAAAGGAGCAAGGGUUUGUCCAAAAGAAAGACAACAUAUAUCUCGAGAGAAGAACCACAGGCUAGCAACAGGUCACAUCUCCAACAAUGAUUCAAAAAAUGUAGGAAGCAAGGUUCAGCAGCAACAUACAGUGGCAAAGAAGACUCAGCAGCAGCAGCAGCAGAAUUACAAAGAUAAUAAUAUGAAGGUUCCUGUAGAAUAUAAAGAGAAUUCAUAUGCAGGAUUACCUAUAGCACAGCCACCCCGACAGAUAAAGCCAAAUAUACCAGCUUCUGAUGCAAAUGUAAAGCCAACUUCGAGAGUGUGCUUGGGAUACAAAGAUCUACAUUCUUCUCUGUCUCACAUUGCCCCUGCAAAAUUUCAGCAAAUACAACAUCCACAACACCUGCAUCAUUCUGUUCAGGCUGUUUUAAAACCUCAGUCAUUCCAGCAGAAAACAUCAAACACAUCAACCUGUCAUUUCUAUCAGAAGCCGAGCUCUUGCUUUUCUGCCUCCCGUGAUUUGGCAUUUUCAGAUAAAACUCAGCACCCACAGAAUCAGUUACUUGCUUCAAAUAGAACAUCAUUGCACAACUCAUACGGUAGAAAUCAUCAAAAGGAACCGCAGCAGCUGUGUCGACACUAUCCUCGAGGCAAGUGUUACUAUGGGACUCGCUGCAAGUUUUUGCAUGUAUCCAAUAGGGACUAUGAUAAAUUUUAGUUGACACCGAACUUCUGUGUGAAUUACAAUUUGAUGGAAACUGUGCCCCUUCAUUUUGACAUUUCAAUGCAUUAAAUUUUCAAAGAAGAGAGUUAUUGUGUAUAGCAAGACCAAAUUGUUCUUGAGGUUUUAAAACACUACUAUCUUCAACUUGAGGAUUAUAUUAAGUUUCUU